AGUGAGUGACCAUGAAAACGGUGUUGCUUAUCUUUUCGUUGGUUGCCGCUGCUUCAGCGCAGUGGGAUCCAAACUUUGUUUCAGGAAGAGCUGGAAUCGUCCAUCUAUUUGAAUGGCACUGGGACACCAUUGCUGAUGAAUGCGAAACUUUUCUUGCUCCCAACUUAUACGCAGGUGUUCAGGUUUCUCCCCCAAAUGAGAACCGCAUUGUUGGUGGAAGACCUUGGUGGGAAAGAUAUCAACCCGUCUCUUACAAGAUCGGAACCAGAUCCGGAGACAGGGCGGCAUUCGAAAACAUGGUGGAUAGAUGCAACAGCGUUGGUGUAAGAAUAUACGUGGAUGCGGUGGUGAACCAUAUGUGUGGCGGGGAUGGUGGAUCAAGCACCCAAGGAACUGCUGGCAGCACCUGCUACCCUGACUCAGAAGGUUUUCCGGCCGUCCCGUAUUCUAGUUUAGAUUUCAACGAUGGUAACUGCAAUACAGCGUCCGGGGACAUUGAGAACUACGGCGAUGCCGCUCAGGUGAGGAACUGUAAACUGGUAGGCCUGCUUGAUCUCAACCAAGGGACGGAUUACGUCAGAGGUAGAAUAAUUGAAUUCAUGAACGACAUGCUCAGCCUCGGUGUCGCUGGUUUUCGUGUUGAUGCAUGCAAGCACAUGUGGCCUGGAGAUCUGGAAGUAAUUUUUGGAUCCCUCAACGACCUUUCAACGGCCAAGGGAUUUAGUGGAGGAAGUCGACCCUACAUUUAUCAAGAAGUUAUUGACCAAGGAGGUGAGCCUAUUACGGCCGACCAGUAUUUCAGCUGUGGGGCCGUAACAGAAUUCAAAUAUGGAGUCAAUCUUGGCAAUAACAAAAACUCAAUUCAGUAUUUAGAGAAUUUCGGAGAAUCUUGGGGAAUGAUGCCUGGUGGAAACGCUUUGGUUUUCUUGAACAACCACGACAACCAACGUGGACAUGGUGGUGGGGGGAACAUCAUCACGUUUGAAGACCCGUUUAAUUUGAAAAUAUUCACGGCUUACAUGAUGGCUUGGCCUUACGGAGUCCCUCGAGUAAUGUCAAGUUAUUAUUUCAGCAAUUCUGAUGAAGGUCCACCAUCAAACCAGCGAAGCAUCAACGCGGAUGGUUCUUGUGGAAACGGUUGGGUUUGCGAACAUCGUUGGCGUCAGAUUAAAAACAUGAUGGGCUUCGCUGUUGCGGCGCAAGGCCAGGGUGUUUCAAACUGGUGGUCAAAUGGUCAACAAAUUGCAUUUUCUCGUGGAGAUCGAGCUUUUUUGGCAAUUAAUCAUGACGGUUAUACAUUGAGUGAAAACCUGCAAACUGGGAUGCCUGCUGGUGAUUACUGCAACGUUAACUCUGGUGAAUAUUCCAACAACCAAUGUACUGGCGAAUGUAUUUCUGUUGGAUCCGACGGGUACGCGUAUAUUAACAUCGGUGCAACUGAAGACCCAGUUGUUGCCAUUCACGUCAAUGCUCCUUGCAACUGUGAAGGUGGAAACUGUGGUGGAAACACCGGGGGUGGGGGUGGAACAACCAACCCUCCAAUCACGGGUGAAUGCACGAGUUGUAGCAAUUGCAAUAGCAAAGUAGAUUGUGGAUACCUCGGUAUCGAUCAAACACAAUGUGAAGGCAGUGGCUGCCUGUGGUGUCCAUCAUCUGGUAACGAUCCAUGGUGUAUUGUCUCAACUGGUUCUUCUGGUGGAACGGGCGGAUCAUCGUGCAGCAUCUCGGAUUUAUCCAAACAAGAUUGUGGAUAUGUAGGAAUUGACGAGGGUAGCUGUGAAGGCAAAGGCUGUUGUUGGGUUGAAUCGUCAACAAAUGGGAUACCGUGGUGUUUCUACCCGCAGUAAUUGAUUCAAUAAAUAUCAACAUUACUAAAACUAAACAU